AUGAUUGCCUCAGGCCUUUGCCGCGUGGCGGCGACUACACGCGCAGGGCGACCAACAUCAUGGCGCAUGUUCAAGUCGGCCGUCCUUGUCCACAAUCCUCUUCAAAUUGGCCACCACCUGGUCCAUCGCAUCCGCAUUCACCCUCACCACCACCAGUUCCUCCGCCCAACCACAGCUUCUUCUGCUGCACAACUGGCCGUGGCCGAACAACCAGACCGUCUGGCCCUUGAAGCUCCUCUGCCUUGCUCUCCAGCCCAAAUACCACAAGACAACAAGGACAUUGACCAAGUAGUGUCGCCCUCCAGAGCCACGAAGAAGCCCGUCACGUUAUUGUUAAGAAUGGAUAGAUCUGAGUGGCGUAUAUUGCGCAACAUCACAAGUAUGGCCCUGGCGUGUCUCACUCGCACAAACAGGACGCAAAAAGCAUCUCAAAGGACUGCGCAAGUUCUGUCCAGGAUAUACGACAAGCUAUCCGGCUUCUACGGCGGCAUGGAGGAGUAUCCCAGCAAAUACAGAGCUCUGGCAGCCUGUAGGACCACGGCGGAGAUCGCCGGAUCUGCUGCGGUAGAGGCCCGUGAAGCGCUGUGGGAAGCCGACAUGAGUUAUGUAAAGGCGCAGGCGGAGCUUGAUUUUGCCAAUUCUCAAGCGGAUGCCCAAGAUCAGGCACUCAAAGCCAAGCGAGCCAAACACUGCGAAGCUGCGCGUAAAGCGUGUCUAGAAGAAUACACAAAGGCCAACGAGACAGUUCUACAGCCAUCGGGGAUUGUCCCCAGCACACCACAUCCACGGCUUCGCAAAGCGAACGAUAUCACGAGGGAGGACUAUGAGUGGAUGCUCCCUGCCAUUGAUCAGAUACUAGAGUAUCGUGAAUGGUCACUUGAGAAAGCCAGGCAGCAAGCCCACGCCGCCUCAGUUGCUGCUAGCAAGAUGUGGAAACGUUCCCGCGAACCAAGGACAGAAACGCCAGCCAUGCCAAUCGAGCAAUCGGGAGACGAGAGGAUAGAGCAACCAGCCGAAGCGGAGGACGAGGCAGCGCAACUCAACCAUGUGGAAAACAUCAGAACCGAACAGCGUGAAAACGUGGUGCUCGAGCAAGUCAAAGACCUGGAACAAUCCAAGGUCCCCCGGCACCCAAAAUUCAAACUCGAUUGGCCCAUUACGAACCCCAAGUCGACCCAGCUCAGGGAGGCUCUGGCUGCUCACUACCCCAUAAUGCUCUUUCCACACAAGGUGAACACAACCAUCGUGGAGACGGUCCGCAUGCUUCUGGAGGAAUCCUGCUACCGUUUUUCCCUAGCACACAUCCCCCAUCACCUGGCCGAAAAGAACUGGGAGUCCCCCGAAGUCGUCGAGUUAAGCACUUGGAAGCGGACAUUCACCAAUACCCUCCUCAAAGAUCCACGCACUGUCUCGGCGUUCAAAACCACUUCCGUGCCCGCAAUGCUGUGCGACUCCUACGUGCUUGAACACCUUGACACCCUCGGCCUUGUUCGCAACCUCGCAGCCCAUCCUAGACCCCUGAGCCCCGGUGCGCUGUUGAGACUAUUUCGCCGCGUCCGUGAGCUCGCGGGCCUGUUAUCCGACCGCCGUCUGCAACAGUUAAUGCACCAGCUCUCGUCCACGAUCAUCCGCGUUUUGGGGGAUCUCAGAGUCCGCCGGAUCAAAAACCUCGAGGAAGGCUGCACGCAUGAACUCUACCGCCAAAUCGUGGCUGACAAGGCCGCCGUGGAACGUAUCCGGAACAGCCAAGCGCCGGCGUCCCAAGAGCACCAAGCCGCGUGCGUCAUGUUUGAGAAGGAGAUACAGCGCUUGGCGGACGCGUUACCCGUCUCUAUCCAAGCGGAUGAGGAGGCCAUGUUUAAAGCCGGACUCAAACCGCUCAUCGAGAUGGUGGACGAAAUGGCGGCGCAGGUGAAAAAGAGGAAUGCGCAAAUGCAGCAAAAGCUGAAGGCCAAGCGGAAGUUGAGCGCGGACAAGAUGCUGGAUGAAGUGCAAUUGCUGUUGGACAAGCAUGCCCGUAGGAUGAGGGGCGGGUCGUUUCCAUUCUCGAAGCUGUCCGAACGCGAGAGGGAGCUUCUUUUGGAGGGUUCGCCUCUUCCGCUGGCUGAACAGGAGGGACCGCAGGAGAAGCCUGAAUCGCAUGAGCAUCAGGAGGAUACGCAGCCACAUGAGCAACAGGGCAAAACGACCGAGUUGAAAGAUCUAUCCCCCGCGCGCAGAGCGAAGAUCAGGAACGCCUUGGCUCAGGGGUUACAAAAGGAGGAGCGCAAACGUGAACGCGAGCAGGCCAAGGCCGAUGCUAACGCCGAAAUCACGAGCACGCCUACAGAGGAGGAACUAGCUCGGUCAGGAUCCGGACCCUCUUUACCAGAAGAAGAAGAAAUGUUCAAUGAGGAGGCUUUGAACAACUCUGAAAGCGACGACAUGGAUCUAGACCGCUACCACACGACUACCGGUGGGUUUUUUGAAAUGUUGGAAAGAAAUGAACAUCUACCCUUGGAAGAUUUCAAGGCGCGGGCGAUGAAGGAGAUGGCGGCGGCGGCGGCGGCGGAGCAGGACCGGGAAAAAAAGGCGCAAGUCGAAGUCGGAGGCAGCCGCAGCUGGACGACCAGAGAUUUUGACACCAAGUUUACAGAAUUCUGUCUGCCGAAGGAGCAAUUGAUGGGGAGGGGGGGCGUGACGGGGCAAUUAGCGGGCAUCGCGCCCAAGAAGCAGGUCAUGGCCCUCGUACUGGAGUACCAAAGACGGAAACGGCUCUUUAGAAGGGAGAUCAGAGGUUUAAUGAAGGAAAAGUGGGAGGUACGUAGGGCGUUGGGCGGAUUGAGUCUUGAGAUGGCUCAAAAAGAAAAAGAACCCAGGAGGUUGGAGGCGGAGGCGGAGGCGGAGACGGAGACGGAGACGGGUAGUAGUGGUAGUAAUGUUACCAAGAUGGACGAUGGGCUAAUAAUGGACGACGAAAUCAAGAAGUUGGAUAUCUUGGAGGAAAGGAUCAAAACCCUCGUCACGGCAAGGGGAGCGUUGAGAGACUCGUACGCAGAGACCAAGGGGAAGAUACUCGACUCCGCCCGAGCCCAGGCUGCUACUGCUGUCGAGAAGAAUGCCUUCAUCAAGAAAAGGAUCGAGAAUAGGGAGAAGAGGAAGAGGAAGGAGAUCACUGAUGGCGGCGAUGACCGAUCGAACAACCGCUGA